UCAAAAUCUUUCUGGAAAAGGCCUUCAUCUCUCAGUGUUCUCCGACUGUUAAUCCUUUAGUGUCAGCCAUGGGAAGAGCUCCAUGCUGUGACAAAGCAAAUGUGAAGAGAGGCCCUUGGUCUCCUGAAGAAGAUGCCACUCUCAAAAACUACCUUCAGACCCAUGGCACCGGUGGCAACUGGAUCGCUUUGCCCCUUAAAGCCGGUCUAAAGAGAUGUGGCAAGAGCUGCCGGUUGCGGUGGCUUAAUUAUCUCAGACCAGACAUCAAACAUGGAGGUUUUACUGAAGAAGAAGACAACGUUAUAUUCACUCUCUAUAGUCAAAUGGGAAGCAGGUGGUCUCUGAUAGCGUCGCAACUCCCCGGAAGAACCGAUAACGACGUGAAGAACUACUGGAACACCAGGUUGAAAAAGAAGUUACUCGCCGGGAAAUUAUCGAGCUUUAAUAUCGACAACAAUGGCGGUCUUAUGAUCAGUGCUGCUAAAAAACCAGAGGCUGCUGCUGCUUCGUUGCCUUAUUAUUCAACCCCACUGCCGAUUUUAUCUGAUGUCGGCUAUGGAUUCUCUGUCAGUAGCAGUAGCGGUACCUCACAAAGCCUGCCUUUGGACCAAGUCAUGCGGUUUUCUCUGUCACCCUCGUGUCCAAUUCUGCACAUCAGUCACAACAACGUCGUCGUCGUCUCAUCCCAAGAAGGAUCCGCCGUGUCGGAUUCCGCUGGUAACGGAUAUGUAGAAGAUUCGAGCGGUAUUCUGGUCGAUGAUCAUCAUCACCACCACCAGCAACAACAACAAUUUAACUUCGACUUCCCUUACGAGUUCAUCAAUGGCGAGAUCGGUGUUCCGAGUUUAGUUGAUUUCUCUCACGCUGAGUCGCUGACAUAAAGGCUACUCAGGGACUGAGUCAAAGCGUUGUUAACCGAUACUGAACGUGGAAUCGUUUGAACAACAAAAGGAAGUAGAAGAAGAAGAAGGUGGUUUCUUUUUAUGAUGUGGACAUUAGGGUUUAUGUAGAUAAACAAAAUAUAUUAUAUUAACCUCCGAUGUGGAUUCAAGUCAAGUAAGUGUAGCUUUAAAUUAAUCUCUGAUGUUGAUGUUUUAUGGUCAAUUAGUCUUUAAAUAUGUCUGGUUCUCUGAA